GGCCUUAAUAGGAUGGUCGUAUCGUGGUAUAGAUAUGGCAGCAUGGCGUGAACGUGAUAAUGACAUCGGCGCGAAUUACACAUGACACAGGCCUGUUCUCCAGAUCAUGGAUCAACGUGAAUAGAGGAUUAUCAAGUCCAAUAUUUUUUGUUGCCGGCUCCCAUUUCCAGCUGAUUGGCUGCAGGAAGGAAUCACCAACUACCUCCAGACAGCACAUUGUCCUGACCAGUCCAUGAUCAUCUGGUUUUUGCUUACGAUCUCAUGAAUAUCAUGGCAUCCUGUCGAGACACUGUAAUGAGGAGAUUACUGUGUUUUCUUCAUCAAGGCAAUCACAGACAUUUAAAACCGAAUGUUGUGUCACUUAAAAAUGCAACUUUGCUCUUCCAACGAACUGGCUUUAACAGGCUGACUGUUAGACCACUCCAGACUGGAAUACGGGCAGGCACAUUUUCACAUCUCCAAAGAAAAAGUGGAUCGCUAAAAUCCACAAGGCCCAUAUCUGCGUCUCUAGAACCCGCCUAUGCAUGUUCUUGGAUAUCAACAUCAUCUGCAGAGCAGCAACAGAUUUUCAAAAGGAGAUUAGAUCAGGUUUGUGGCAAUCAAAUGCUAUGCAAUGGCUUUCUGGCUGGCUCUCAUUUUGUAACUAACAAGAGAUGCCUUGGUGUUAGUGCUCUGAUGACAAACACUUACAACUGCAGAACUCAAGGUGGUGCUUCAGGCAGUCGGCCGAGCUGUGUCCUCCAAUUACAGGUUCCACAAGUUGCGGCUAGUGCCCCGUCUCGUGGCCUGAGCCUGUUUGGUUUUUCAGAUCAAUCUGCGUGGGCCCGUGCUAUUGCCGAGGCAGAGAAGAUAGUCGGGUACCCUACCUCCUUCCUCAGCCUGCGCUGUCUGUUGAGUGACGAAUUGUCAAAUGUUGCCAUGCAAGUACGCAAACUUGUCGGCACUAAACACCCUUUGGUGAAAACAGCAAGGAACUUGGUCUAUGAUGGCAAGCACAAUAUCCAAACACGAGGCUUGAUAAUUUUACUGAUCUCCAAAGCUGCUUGGCCUUCCCCACAGAGCAGAAACAGACAGGGUAUGGUUCGAGGCAUUUAUCCAAGUCAAAGGACACUUGCAGAAAUUGCAGAGAUGAUCCACACGGCAUUCUUAGUUCACAAAGGCGUGGUCAACAUCCAGGACCUCCUCCCUUCCGAUGGCCCCCGUAGGGUCAUGGAGUUCGGCAACAAGAUCUCAGUGCUGAGCGGAGACUUCUUACUAGCCAGUGCCUGCCUGGGACUGGCUCAGCUACGAAAUACCUACGUGGUGGACCUCAUCUCCCAAGCCAUCUCUGACCUGUCAGAGGCUGCCUUCACUAUCUUCUCGGAAGAGGAGCCAGGAGCCAAGGAGUGGGGUCAGGUGCCCCUUUCUAACCUGGGCAUGGCCGACUGGGCCCAGUAUGUGUUCCUGUCUUCAGGUAGUCUCAUCGCUAAGAGCUGCCGGGCAGCACUGAAUUUAGCAGGGCAUGAAGAGGAGAUGCAGGCAUGUGUUUCAGAGUUUGGCAGAAACAUUGCCCUCGCUCAGCAGCUCCAUCACGAGCUGCUGUUAUUUACAACGUCCAACAGCAGCCCAACAUCAUUUAGUCUGACAUCUGCCCCUGUUCUGUUGCACCUUGAAGGCAGCGGGAGUCAAGACAGACUCAGAAACCAGACUAAAUUUGACAUGAAAAAGCUUCAUCGGGAAGUCUGUUCGGGAUCAGCGAUUGCAAAGUCUCAGGAACUCUGUCUGGGCUACGCAGAGUCUGCCCGCCUUGCAAUCAGUGGAUUUCCUCAAUCUGAGGCUAAGGAUGCCUUGUUGAAAAUGGUGAAGGCUGUGUCAGGAUAAUGGGAUUAGAUUGGGACAAUUCGCACUUCCCACAAGGUCUUUCCUUCUCUGAAGGACUAUUUGAUGGAAUACUGUAAUUACUGGUGAACAAGGAUGUUGGAACUUGUGUGUGUAGACGGGGAGACAGUGAUGUGGAAAUUUGGCAAGGCAAAUGCUUGGUGCUACCUCGAGUCUUAAAUUCCCUUAACCCUAACAAUCCUCGAAUCCUCUGAAUGAAAAUAGCCAAAAGGGCGGGUGAUUGCGAAGGAUGCACUGGGCCAAGGUUGUGGGUGAUCAUGCACACAUAAAUUUAGAUCUAGAUUACAUAGAAAUCAUCCACACUGCUCCGAGAUACCAUUGCCUGCCUCAACACAAUGAAAGGAAUUGCCAGAGGAUUUUGAAGGAUUGAGGAAAGCACCAAGCCGAGGGGGUUAGGGUUAAACGAAGACAGUAUCUACCUCGACACUUUACCAAUCGACAACCAAAUUCCAAACAUUUCCGACCCUUUCCCAAUGCACGAAUAUGCAUCACUUUUGAACCAGCACUUCCCAGUUUGGCAUUGAUUGCGGCUGGCCGGGUCCUCAAAAUGUCACGAAAAGUUGUAUUCCCCCCCCCCCCAGAAAUUUUUCACAGAAAAUUUGUAAGAAAUGAUUUUUGUAGUUGUGUAUAUUUGAAAUGCUUUGGUUUCUUUCCAUUUAGAGUUUAUCUAGGAUAUGUUUCCAUUUUACACAAGACAGAAACUGUUUGACAUCCAAAGAUCCAAUGACAAAUUUCAUAAAGUAAUAUGUAUACAUAGAAGUAAAAUCAGUAUGAAAUCUACUUCAGACAUCGUAAGCUUCAAAUUUGUGUGAAUUGGCGAUUAAAUUUACAUGUCACCUUAUAA